AUGACUCACCCGUGGAAGAUUGCAAUCAUUGGCGGCGGCCCGGGCGGCCUGGCAGCAGCGAUUGCCCUGGGACAGCUCAACCGGCCGGACCAGCCGCCGGUAGUGGACUGGGCUCUGUAUGAGAAGAAGCCGCGGAUCAGCGAGACGGGUGGCGGGAUCACGUUGCAGCGGCACACGUGGCGACUUCUAGAGCGCUUUGGCAUGGCAGAGCGCAUCGACGCACGCGACUUCUUCCGGCCCGACGACGGCAGCUCGGCGCAGCACCGUGACGCCGUCACGGGCGUGCUGCUGGCCGAGAAGCACCACUCGGCCGACACGCCGCCGCACCAGGUGAGCUGCCGGAUGUUGCGGUCGAAGUUGCAGCGCGCGCUGCUGUCGGCCGUGGACGCCUCGCGCAUCCGCCUGUCCAAGAAGCUGGUGGCCCUGGAAGAGGCCGGCAGCUCCGGAGGCUUCCGGCUAGCCUUUGAAGACGGCGAGACAGCGACGUUUGACCUCGUCAUCGGUGCGGACGGCAUCCGUUCCGUGGUGCGGCAGUUUGUGUCCCCAGGCCACACGCUGCAGUACAACGGGCAGUCAGCGUAUCGGACGAUCCUGCGGGCGUCGGACGUAGCCGCCAUCAACGGCAUCCCGCGAGCGCCCGUCUUCUGGCAGUUUGUCGGCGGCAAAUACGUCUUCACGAGCCCGCUAGGCCGCGACGACUUUGAGCUGACGGCCCGGAUCCGGCCGGGUGCCCAGGACGCCGACGAAGAGGAGCGCGAGCGCGCCAGCAAGGCCAGUUGGGGCCAGCCGUUUGACCUCAACCGGCUGCUGCCGCUUUAUGCCGAGUUCGCGCCGCCGCUGCGUGCUAUCCUGCGCCUUGCUGCCGACAGCGGCCAGACCCAGGAAUUUGCCCUCUUUAACGGGCCGCGGCUGACGACGAUUGUGCGGACGCCCGAGAACCGAUCAGCUGCUGCCGGUGUUGCUCUCCUUGGUGAUGCCUCCCACCCGCUCUCGGGUGCGUUUGGCGCCGGUGCUGGCUUCGCUUUUGAGGACGCCUACACGCUCGCCCGUGCCCUCGCUUGGGCCCGUGCCGGCCACCGUCCACUCUCCGCCGCCCUCGCCGUCUAUGACCGUGCCCGCUCGCUGCACUAUGCCAAUCUCUACGACACGCUCGACCGUGGCGCUGCCGCUGCUGCUGCCGUGGCCGCUGAGAAUCUCCCGCUGCACGAGGAGAUCGCAGAGCGAGUCAACCGGGUCUGGUCGGGCGACAAUGGUGCCGGCUGGGUGUAUCUGUACCGUGUCGAGGAUGUGGUCGAGCAGAUCCUGAACGAGGAGGAAGAAAAGCAGGACGGGGUCGAAGCCAAGGCACAGAAUGCCGAGUCGGUGGAGUUGGCCGUCAAGGACAGCUCGAGGGAGGUAGCAAAUGGCGUUGCAGAACUGCCAUUGGCCGUGGAUGUCGUAGCCAAGGCGAGCCCACUUGCCGUCGCUAUCGCUGCGUAA